UUUUAUUUUUAUACUUUUUUAAAGAUGUGUUUACAGCACAGAGAUUAAUCCUGGAGCGAGCCGAAUCUGAGUUAGAGAUUUAACAGAGCUGAAUUUAGCUGUUGCUAUACCGGAAGUGAUGACUGUUUGCGGUCUUUUUGUCCCAGCUGAGUAUCCGUAGGAGCGAGCGCGAGCCUGCCUGUGAGACGUGGUGAAGGGGGACGGUGGACAGUGACAGACAGGAAGGAGGAUGGACACACAGCCUGAGCCGUACACACCGGUGCAGUGGCAUUGGUUCUACAAGCAAACGGCGGACAGCAAAGACUCGUGGAAACUGUUCAGUACCGAAGACUCCCAGAGACUGGAGAAGGCUCACACACACGGUGGUGAUGAUGAAGUGGUGGUGGCCACGGAGGGCAGCCGUUAUGAUGUGAGAUUAAAGGAGCGACGUCGUUAUGCCGUUUAUUGGGAUGAGGCUCCCUCUGAAGUGCGCAGAUGUUCCUGGUUUCACAAAGGCAGCAAGGAGAUGAACUUCACUCCCUACACUGAGGAGAUCAGCGACCUGCUGGAGGAGGCCUACAUGAUCUCUGUGACCCUCAACGAGUGGAAAAGGAACGUAGAGCUGCCGACAGGAGAUAGGGUCAUCCUUCACAACCCAAAGCUGAUGACCCAACACCCGACCUUUUCCUUGGAAUGUCCUCCAUCUCCGAGUGAAAGGACACAACCGAGAACACUAAAGAGAGGAGUGGAGAAUAUUUCGCUGGAAAUCCCACAGGGAGAACCAGACACCGUGGACCACCUGGUGUUCAUGGUACAUGGCAUUGGGCCGGCAUGUGAUCUCCGUUUAAGAGGAAUCGUGCAAUGUGUAAAUGAAUUCCGCAGCACUGCUCUCACUCUCACCAAAAGUCAUUUCAGCUCCUGUGAUGACGACAAAGCUGUCGGUCGGGUGGAGUUUCUGCCUGUUAACUGGCACAGAGUUCUACAUGGAGAAAGCACAGGGGUCGACAGAGAUAUCGAGCGGAUCACUUUGCCCAGCAUCAGGGGCCUGCGCCAGUUCUCCAAUGACACAGUGUUGGACCUGUUCUUCUACAACAGUGCCACCUACUGUCAGACCAUUGUGGACACAGUAUCCUCAGAGAUCAACCACCUAUAUGAUAUCUUUCUCCAAAGAAACCCACAAUUUACUGGAGCUGUGUCAGUGGCAGGACACAGCCUGGGUUCAUUAAUCCUCUUUGACCUCCUGACCAAUCAGAAGACAGGAGCAGAAAGCAGCAAUGCAGCACAGGACGGACAUCAUGAUGAAGCCCUGGGCUCUUCUUCUGUGUCAGAUUGCACUUCCUGUGAGAGUCUAGAAGAGGCACUAAUGAGCAAUGUCAUGGAGGAACAUCUCAAAGUCCUACAGAGGGAACAAAUGGACAUGGAGUCUCUGAUGUUGUGCUCUGAGAGCGACCUGAGGGAUCUAGGAAUCCCAUUUGGCCCUUGCAAGAAGAUUAUGAACUGUGUGAAGAAAUGGAAGCACAGAUCUGAGGCCUGCACCGGAAAACAUUUCUCUCAUACGGAAGAGAGAAAUUCUCCUGAAAUUCAGAGCCUCAUCCAAGAAAGUUGGCCGAAAACCAGCGCCGUUGACUACCAGCACUUUGAUGUGGGGAUUGGACAGGUAUCUAUUAAUUACCCCCAGCUCAGCUUCCACCCCCAGGCCUUCUUUGCCUUCGGCUCUCCUAUUGGAAUGUUCCUGACGGUCCGGGGCCUGAAAAGGAUCGACCCCAACUACAGCUUCCCCACCUGCAGCAGCUUCUACAACAUCUUCCAUCCUUUUGAUCCGGUAGCGUACAGGAUCGAGCCCAUGAUUCUGCCCCCAGAUGUGGAGGUAGCGCCCAUGCUGAUGCCCCAUCACAAGGGCAGAAAGAGGAUGCAUCUGGAGCUGAAGGAAGGUCUGACACGUGUCGGCUCAGACCUGCUUGGGUCUUUACGGACGGUCUGGCAGAGUUUCUCCCAGCUUCCUGCUCCAGCACUGGUUGAAGGAAAUGACAUGGCUACAGCAGCGUGCACAGCCGAGGAAAUGGAAACCUCACCGCUGGAACAGGAGGAGAAGAAAAUGAUCGAGGUGGGGAAGCUGAACGGUGGGCGGCGUAUCGAUUAUGUCCUCCAAGAGAAACCGAUCGAAAGCUUUAACGAAUAUCUGUUCGCCAUUCAGAGUCACCUGUGCUACUGGGAGUCAGAGGACACGGCUCUGCUGGUUCUCAAGGAGAUUUAUGGAAAAUGGUGAUUGCAAACCUCCUCAGCAGUAGAGAACCAACCCACUGGGUUGCCUGUGAUGAUAACGUUAUGUGUGAUGAUAACUUUUUACACAGCCAAAAAUCAGCAGCACUCAUUCUCCAUGUUCAGGUUAACAUAUAUAAGGCUACGGUCACACUACAGCUUGCGAUGCUUUGCGUUGGGUUAUUGAUGAAAAUGAGGCGCUUUGGUGGCAAUGCUUGGCGAUGUGUACUUCGUACAGGCGAGCUAAAAGUUGUGGUCACACAGCAGGCGAACACUUAACCAUGUUUUUUGGAGGAGAUCUGGCAUUUUUCCGAGGAAGCAUGCUUAAAGGUUUUGUACGUAUCAGCGUCUGAGAGAAAAAUGAUCACUUAUGCCUUGCUCAGUAGAUUUCAAAAAUGCGUGACAUCAGUGCCAACCAAUCAGCGAUGAUCACUAUGCGUCGUUUAACCAUCACCAAACAAUUGCUGAAUAUUCAUGAACCAUUCGCCCAAACAAUUACGAACCUCAACGAAGGAUCACUGAAUGUAAAUGCACUUUUCAAAUCUCGGCGAAGGUUAGGCUAUGCCGAGCCUCUGUGUCACAAAGGCCCCGCGAGAUCAUAUCAGGGAGAUGGAUUCAAGACAAAUACAUCUCACGAGGCUCGACAAAGGUUCCCCAAGCUUCGGGAAGUAUUCCCAAACCCGUCUGCAAGAAUUCGUCACUUAGUUUGCCAACGGAAACAUCGCCACCAGAUUUCAGUGCAUUCAUUGAAAUUUUUUGUGACAUUUUUGGCCAUUCAUGAGGCAGAGAUGCAAAAAAAAAAAAAAACUUGUGAAGCUCGGAGAACAUUUGCUGUCCAUCGCACAAUUGGUGGUGAUGCUACCAAUUUUUCAUCGCCAAGUAUUCACAAACCUAUCACAAGCUGUAGUGUGACCAGGGCCUAAUUUUUUAAAGGCGCAGUUUGUAAUUACACAGGCCUGUAAUAUUACUGACUUUCAAAGAUGCCUGUGAUUUGUAAUAUUGCCAUUGCUUGGGCUGAUUAUGUCAUUAGAUUUAAGAUAGAUAGAUGAGGAUGUACUUUAUUACAGCCUUCUGUUUACAUUUUUCUGGUCCAGAAUUGGCUCCACCCCCAGCUGUUAUGGAGCUGCACACCCUGUCCAAUUUUUUUUUUUUUUUCCUUAGAGGCAACCCACAAGGCAUAUGUAGUGUCAAGAAGUUGUGUGUUUUAAUUGCAGUUAACCUUGCAAGCAGCAGAUGGCACUAAAAUGACAAACUGCCCCUUUAAACCAGCAAUAUACAACUUUGAGUUCUCGAAGACUAGGUGCUGUAGGGUUUCCACACUACCUGUAGAAGAGUCAGGUGACAACAAGCACACAAAUUAAGAAUUAAGUGGUGGUGAUUUCAAAACUUACGGGACUGCAUUUGAAUCUAAGGCCGAGUUUGAUUACUUGUGCUUACCUCAGAUUUGUGCUACGUUCACAGCAAGGCCUACAGAGUUUCAUGUCCCCAAACUGCCAUUCAGGGCAGAGAGCAGUGUGAGGGAAUAAAUGUGAAAUAGGAAGGAGGUGGAUUUGAGAUGCCUUCAGUAGAAUGGGUUGUUUCUCGUUUUCGAUAUUCAACACAUCACGCUUGCUAAUCAAGUCAUGAAAACACUGUUGCUAGGCAACUAGAAAUCAUGGACGGGAAGCAUAAGCUAGCGAAUGACUAGCUAAAUAAAAUAACUUAGCAUUGACUCUUUAUCGAAUUUCAAUUGACUCCUCUGUAUUAAGCCACAUUUUUGUAAUAAUUGUAAUAGCCACAUUGUUAGCUAACGGUAUACAUCUUGAUUAAAAACAUAUUUCUGUAAAAGCUGAAACCAACCCGCCAGUACAGACAAAGAAGCUACUGUAAUUGAUAAUGUGACUUGACAUGACCUGAUGGCAUGUUAGCAUUACAUUAACUAGCUAGCUGAGAAUAUUUUUUUAGCUAGCAGGCUAAAAAUGAAUUUGUAUUAAAUGUGUGCGAAAUAUUUCUAUACUGAAAGAUUUUUCCUUCCCUUAUUGUAAAUGUGUUUGUAUAAAGAAAAUGUCUAAAUGCUAAACAGUAGGAUGUUUUGUUUUGGUUUUUUAGAACUAUUGUAGCUAGAUGUAUGGCUAUUUUUUCCUCUCGAGUCAGGAUGUGUGUCUCCAUCACUGAGGCUGAUAUGAUGCACAUCUCGAUUGAUGCACUGCCAAUGAUCCAAUACAUUAAAUUACAAUAAAUAAUAGAUGAAGUAA